AUGACCUUGCCCUUCUUGAUAUGUUUUCUGAUCCUGCUGUGGGAGAUGAAGUGCUGUUGCUGCUGUCUUUGCUGCCGGAAGCAUCGAAGGAGCUUCAAAAUUCGUCCACGGCCAACCCAACUCUGGUAUCGAACAUAUUUGGGUGUGCAGGGAUCCCACUAUGCCUUUAAAGUUGCAGCCCUACAGUUCUUGACAGUGGUGAUGCAAGGGCUGGCCAAAGCCAGUCUAUUCCGGACCAUCCAGGAUACCCAUGGCUCUGAAUCCUUGCGGGCCAGCACCACUGUUCACUGCUUCAUCGUGCUUCUUUUGUGUAACAUCCUCUUUCCAGCCAUGAUUCUUGUGAUACCGAACUAUGUCUUUAGCCGUGUCGGUGCAGCUUUGCUCGAUGCAGUUCUGGAUGUCGGCUACAUGGUGACCUCGAUCUGGCUAUACUAUAGCUUUGCCACAACAGAGUCUUUGACCGACAUUUUUUUGAGCAGUUUCUUAAACUACAUGUCAAUUUACAUCUGCAUCGCACAUGUGUUGUGCGUGUGUCGAUCUUUGGAGACUGCAGAUUGGAUCGCGCUUUUCCAAGUCCCGCGGGCUCCCCCCACCGGCAAAGCCUGGAAGAGAAUGAGCCUCUCCUCUGCAUAUGCUCUUACUUUGUUGGCUUUUGUUGGCAUUCUGGUCGGGGGCAUCGUACUUGGUGCCUUCUCAGACUCGAGUCAUGCUGGACUUUGUCCACCCUGCGAGUGUUCAACUGUUGCACCAACAUCGCUUCUGCUCGAUCGCUGCAUGAUUCCCACGGGCUAUGUUGCCCAGGCUGCUGGCAGGUUGGAGUUCAACUUGACGAAUCGCAACAUCACAGAAGUUCUGCCAGAUGCAUUCAUUGCAAGGGGUGCACACCAAGAAGUAGGAUCUAUUUCGCUGCGUGGAAACCAUUUGACAGAGCUGCCAGAGGGACUUUUUCGUGAUCUUCUGAAACAGAAGUACUCGUACAUUGACACCAUAGACCUGGCUGACAAUAGAAUUGCGACUCUUCCCCAAACUUUGUUUCAAGCCGGUUCCUCCGGAGGAUUGUUUGUGAUACGCGAGUUGCAUUUGGAAGGAAAUUGUUUGACGACACUUCCACCUGGAGUCUUUCAUGGUCUCGGAGUUGAUUACUUUGGCAUCCUGGACAUGUCGCAGAACAAGUUGCAGACGUUACAUGCACAGACCUUUUAUAGUCUCCAAUUUGGUCAGAGCGGCAUCCUGGACAUGUCGCAGAACCAGUUGCAGGAGUUGCGUGCAGGAACCUUUCAUGGUCUCACAUUUGGUGGGAACGGCAUCCUGGACAUAUCGCACAACAAGUUGCAAGUGUUGCAUGCAGACGCCUUUCAUGGUCUCACCUUUGAAAAGUACGGCAUCCUGGACAUGUCGCAGAACAAGUUGCAGGUGUUGCAUGCAGACACCUUUCAUGGUCUCACCUCUUAUUCUCACAGCAAGUUGGACAUGUCUCAGAACAAGUUGCAGACAUUGCCUCCCAAUGUCUUUGACGGUCUUGAGCUCGACCGACUUGGUUACGGGGGCAUCCUGGACAUGUCACAGAACAAGUUGCAGGCGUUGCAUGCAGAAACCUUUCAUGGUCUCGUAUUUGGUGAGAGAGGCAUCCUGGACAUGUCGCAGAACAAGUUGCAGGUGUUGCCUCCGAAGGUCUUUUAUGGUCUCUCGUAUCUUCGCAGCCUGGACCUGGCGGAGAACGAGCUGUCGACGCUUUCGGACGAUGUCUUUCACGGUCUCUCGUCUCUUCGCAGCCUGAGGCUGGAAGGCAACCGGCUCCGGAGCCUUGGCGGCAGAACCUUCUACUGGUUGUACAGCUUGAGAGAGCUGAACCUGGAGCAGAACCAGCUGACAGAUCUGGAUGAAGAUUCAUUUGAUGGAUAUGUCGCCUAUGAGUAUAUCGACAAUGGUUACUAUGGGUAUCAGUCCCUGAAGCGGAACCUGUUGGAGCUGAACCUGGGUGGCAACCGCCUCACCGCUCUACCCGAUGGCCUCUUCAACGGCUUCAGGAAACUUCGAACGCUGCAGCUGCAGAGCAAUCAGCUGGAGAGACUUCCGCCAAAGAAUUUGACCUCCUUGGAGUUGCUGAACUUGAGUCGAAAUGCGCUCGAAGAACUGCCUCCCCGUCUUUUCCACGGGCUCAAAUUGUCAGUGAUCGACUUGAGUCACAACAAGCUGAGCACGCUGAAUGCUACGCAGUUCGACCUGGAGAGCCUCACUACUUUGGACUUACGUGGAAACCGCCUGACAGACGCCACGCGGGAGGACCUGGCACGCCUCAAGGUGGAGCUCCAUGUGGAUUGAGGGUGCUGUCCUGGAAAUUGUUGCCUUCGCAACUUGGGUCUGACUCUGAUGAUCUCAAGUUUUCUCCUCUCCAAGGCGGUGUUGAAGCUGCUACUAAUUCACCGGUUUUCUCGCUACAAGACUCGGAGCAAAGACUCGUGGCAAAA